GUUCAAUCGUGAAGCGGAUUGAGUGCGCAGCUUUGCUGUGUGGCGCGUGAGUAUGCGGGCAGGGACGUUACGGCUGCGGUACUGAUUCACAGAAAGUACGAACAGAAACCCGGGAGGCUCCAGAGAUCGGAAAUUUACCGGAGGGGAGUUUACGCCCGCGCGGAGCGGCGAGAGGCACGGGGAGCUCAGAAGGGACGCUUGUUUUGGCGAAUCCGACCGACGCUCGCGCGCAGAAAUGGCGGAGCACCACGCAGCCAGCGACGGCAAGCACAAAGCUUCCAGCAAUUCCGGGAGCUCGGUGCACGGGAACAGCCGACCGGGCGCCGCGGCUGGAGGAGGGGGCAAAGGAGGCCUGUCUGUCGGGCUGACCCAGCCGGCUGGGUGGCAGUCUUUACUCUGCUUCAGUAUUCUCUUUCUGGCCUGCCUGGCAGGAUUCAGCUCCAGACUUUUUGCCGUGAUCCGGUUCGAGAGCAUCAUCCACGAGUUUGAUCCAUGGUUCAACUACAGAUCAACACACCAUCUCGCCACGAAUGGCUUCUACGAGUUCCUCAACUGGUUUGAUGAAAGGGCCUGGUACCCGUUGGGCAGGAUCGUUGGUGGAACGGUGUAUCCGGGGUUAAUGGUGACUGCAGGCCUUAUCCACUACAUGCUCAACCUUCUUCACAUCACAGUCCACAUCCGAGACGUGUGCGUGUUUCUGGCGCCGGUGUUCAGUGGACUGACUGCCAUCUCCACCUUCCUGCUGACGCGGGAGCUGUGGAACCAGGGUGCAGGGCUGCUGGCAGCCUGUUUCAUCGCCAUCGUCCCGGGCUACAUCUCGCGCUCUGUGGCCGGCUCCUUCGACAAUGAGGGCAUCGCCAUUUUUGCACUUCAGUUCACCUACUACCUCUGGGUGAAAUCUGUGAAGACCGGCUCAGUAUUCUGGACUAUCGGCUGCUGUCUCUCCUAUUUCUACAUGGUGUCGGCGUGGGGAGGAUAUGUGUUUAUCAUCAACUUGAUUCCUCUGCAUGUGUUCGUGCUGCUGCUAAUGCAACGCUACAGCAGGAGGGUUUAUAUCGCAUACAGCACUUUCUACAUCGUGGGACUCGUACUGUCAAUGCAGAUCCCGUUUGUUGGCUUCCAGCCAAUCAGAACCAGCGAGCACAUGGCUGCUGCUGGUGUGUUUGCACUUCUCCAAGCGUACGCCUUCCUGCAGUACCUGAAAGACAGACUCACCCGACAGGAGUUUCAGACGCUGUUUUUCCUUGGAAUCUCUCUGGCUGCCUGUGUAGUUUUCCUCACAGUCAUCUAUCUCACAUACACAGGAUACAUCGCUCCGUGGAGCGGCCGUUUCUACUCUCUCUGGGACACCGGCUACGCCAAGAUCCACAUCCCCAUCAUCGCGUCGGUGUCGGAGCACCAGCCGACCACGUGGGUCUCCUUCUUCUUCGAUCUGCACAUCCUGGUGUGCACCUUCCCAGCAGGCCUUUGGUUUUGCAUCAAAAACAUCAAUGACGAACGUGUUUUCGUGGCGCUGUACGCCAUCAGCGCCGUGUAUUUUGCCGGUGUGAUGGUGCGGCUGAUGCUGACGCUGACUCCGGUGGUGUGCAUGCUGUCGGCUGUGGCUUUCUCCAGCGUCUUUGAGCAUUACAUGGGAGACGACACCAAGAGGGAGAAGCCUCCUGCUGAAGACAGCAGCGACGAGGACGACAAGAGGAACUCUGGGAAUCUCUAUGACAAGGCUGGUAAGGUGCGUAAGCACGUGUCCGAGCAGGAGAAGGCAGAGGAGGGUCUGGGUCCAAACAUCAAGUCUAUAGUUACCAUGUUGAUGCUGAUGCUGCUGAUGAUGUUCGCCGUGCACUGCACGUGGGUCACCAGCAACGCCUACUCCAGCCCCAGCGUGGUGCUGGCGUCAUACAACCACGACGGGUCGCGCAACAUCCUGGAUGACUUCAGGGAAGCUUAUUACUGGUUGAGGCAGAACACGGACGAGCACGCCCGCGUCAUGUCCUGGUGGGACUACGGUUACCAAAUCGCCGGCAUGGCCAACAGAACCACUCUGGUGGACAACAACACAUGGAACAACAGCCACAUAGCACUGGUGGGGAAGGCCAUGUCAUCCAAUGAGAGCGCAGCUUAUGAAAUCAUGAGGUCGCUGGAUGUGGACUAUGUGCUGAUCAUUUUCGGAGGGGUAAUCGGCUACUCCGGAGACGAUAUAAACAAGUUCCUGUGGAUGGUGAGGAUAGCGGAGGGGGAGCAUCCCAAAGACAUCAGGGAGAGCGACUACUUCACUCCUCAGGGGGAGUUCAGAGUGGACAAGGCGGGUUCACCGACUCUACUCAACUGCCUCAUGUACAAGAUGUCGUAUUAUCGAUUUGGUGAAAUGCAGCUGGACUUCAGAACGCCACCUGGCUUCGACCGGACUCGUAACGCCGAGAUCGGCAACAAGGACAUCAAGUUCAAGCACCUGGAGGAGGCGUUCACCUCGGAGCACUGGCUGGUCAGGAUCUACAAGGUGAAGGAGCUGGACAACAGAGAGGCGCUGGACCACAAGCUCCGCAGCGUAGUGCCCAAACAGAAGUACACCUCCAAGAAGACGGCCAAGAGGAAGCGAGGACACAUCAAGAACAAGCUUGCUCUCAAGAAGGGCAAGAAACUCCCCAAAAAGUAAAUGACGAUGGGCUCAAACAGGCGUUACGAAACCUCUAAGAAGCAGUGAAGAAGAACACGG